UUUAGCGUUACAUAAUAAAUGGACGCUGCCUAACUGUAACUGUCUGGUUUGGUAUUUCUAUGUAUCUGAUAAAUCUAUUAAUUGCUUAAUUCAAUUGACUUUCUGAUGUUUUUGAAAUAGUUUUUAAAUUUAUUAUGGAGAAAUCGAAUUUAUUUAUGAAAUUUUUUUAACAUUUUUCGUGGAAAAAAUGUAGUUAAUUAUUGCAAUUGUUGAAAUAUUUGUGGAAACUCCGACAUUUUUUAUUACUCAAACGUCAAUUAUUCAAGGGAAGUUUUAAUUUAUUUAUGCACUUUUUGAUUUGCUCAUGGAGCUUUUGCAGUUUAUUAUUGCUCCCACCCUACUUCUUUUUUAACAUUUUCUGAUUUUGUUAUGGAAAAUAAUCGUUUUUUUUUAUGAGUCGUUUACGUUUUAGCCAUACUUAUUUCAGUUUCUAAAGAUCCCAGUACACAGGGUCAAAUAAAACCAAUGUUCAAACAUUGUGUUUGACUAGAUCUAAUUUUUCAUUAGUGUAAAAAAGAUGUUUAAUCUGUAGUUCAUUCCUUGUCAAAUAUUUGACCAUGUGUACUUGAAGCCUAAGAGUUCUCAGAUGCACUUCUGACGUUCAUAAAUCGAUUCCAGUCUGCAUCAUUUUACGAUGUUUUCAUUCUUCUUCUUCUUCUUCAUGGCUUGACGUUCGCAUUGGAACUUUGCCUGCCUCUUUUCAACUUAGUGUUCUUAGAGUACUGCCACAGGGCUUUCUUUGCCUGCCAUUGCAUGAAUUUGUACAUUGUGUGGCAGGUACAAUGAUACACUAUGGCCAGAGAGUCGAUUAAAUUUUCCCGACCGGAACGGGAAACGAAUCCGCCGUCUCCGGAUUGACGAUCUAUAGCCUUAACCACUAGGCCAUCGUUUCCCAAGCUUGGCACUCGCGAAACAAUCCCCCCCUCCCCUUAUCAUCACCUCACGUUUUUCAGAAUAAUAGAAGUGUGUGGUUCGCGAAACGAAGUUUGGGAAACUAUGCAUCUUUUCAUACUCAGCAACUUUUGAAAUUAGGCGUAACAUACAGAUCAAUUUUUAUACGGUAUGCAUCUGUCCCUCAUAUACUAAGAUUAUAGCAACAGUUUGUAAAGUCUCUCUCUCUUCUUGGCGUAACGUCCUCAUUGGGACAAAGCCUGCUUCUCAGCUUAGUGUUCUAUAAGCACUUCCACAGUUAUUAACCGAGAGCUUCCUCUGCCAAUGACCAUUUUUUGCAUGCGUAUAUCGUGUGGCAGGCACGAAGAUACUCUAUGCCCAAGGAAGUCAAGGAAAUUUCCUUUACGAAAAGAUCCUGGACCGACCGGGAAUCGAACCCGUCACCCUCAGCAUGGUCAUGCUGAAUACCCGUACGUCUACCGCCUCGGCUAUAUGGGCCCUAUUUUGUAAAGUGUUUAGGUUAUUUUGCUGAGUGUAUAAGAUCACCAACACGCUUAAAUGCUUUGUUAGUCCCAAUCAAUUAUCUCGUUAGUUUCCUGUUUAAAUGUAGCUGAAAUAACGAAUAAUGUUUGGAGUCUGUUCCAAACUUUUGAUUAUCACAGUUCACACUGGCUUACAUUGUACUUUCAAGUUCGGCAAGCACAUUGACAGUUCAUUCAUCAAGUUAUACCUUGAGAAUGAAGAGACAGCUCACUGAUAGCCGCUAUUCUUCAUUAAUGAUUUUACUUUGUAUCGUGUCAUGGACAAAAAAAAAUUCCCAUGAAGUCCUUAGAACUGUAUCGGAAUUCAAAUGCAUUUACCUUUACCUUGAUCAAUUCAAACAACUCUGCUUCAAUUGAUGAUGAGCUGGAACUCCACACAUAGCACACAUAAUAUUGCCAUUUCUUCAGAUCAUAUCAAUAAGCACAAUAGGUGUUCGAAAUUGUCCUAGAACACACUGCUUUAACAACACUCGACUCUUUAGAUCUUGCUGGUUCCAUCGAUCGUUCCAAUGUGACUACCUUUUUUCCUCUGCAUCUCGAUGAACCCGAUAUUAGGAUAACACCCUGACACGAUGGUUCAUUCAACCUUAUCGAGAUGUUAAGAGUCAGCGUAGACACACAGUGUAUUGACUGUUUCUCACUUGUUAAGAUCCUUAACCGAAAUCCGAAUGGUGUAGAAUUAAACAUGCAACUCUUCGGUGCAUUAUGCACCAAAUAUACACGACUCAACAGUUUAAACUCGUUUUGGUUACAUGUGCCGCUGUUUUUGUUUCCGCAAUUGAUCUUUAGCACGUUUAGGCAGCGAUGAGCUGCACACAUGUAGCAAACGAGCAUUCAGUCACGUUCGAGAUACCCUUUUGAUCAUAACAUUGUAUAGCAAACCCUGCUACCGGUAAUAAAAACAAUCAGGCUCUACUGCUCCAGGAGACAGUCUCUCUCAAACCGUUCACAAUGGUGUCCCACCGGGAAGUCACCGUACCAAGUUUGCUAUGGAUCGCUAUCUUCGGACUUCAAGUCGCUUCGCUACAGCACAGUGCCACCCUAAAGAGUUUCAACGGAAUCAUCAACGAAUGUUCCAGCUAUCUCUCGCCAGGUGGCGGUAGUUGUUCCGACCGCUGCCUCGGUCUGGUGGGACGCUUUUGGAACGACACUGUUGCCAGGCCAUCCGUUUCCGUGGGGCGGUUCUACCGGCCAGAUCCGUGUGACCAAGACUACAUUAACCGAACUCUAGACUGUAUCUGCGAUACGGUUUUACCGGUGCCCAGAAGCGACAUCUGCCAACGAGCCAGCAACGGUCUCCAGUGCUACCGGUAUCAGUACGGACGGCUGGUCGCUUCGGAUCCGCUCUACGUGGGCAUCACCCCGCUGCAAAGCCAACAGGUGUUCCAGGAAUGUUCCCAGAUGCUUUCGCUGUCGCCCGUACAAUUGCAACAGAUCGCACAGUCCGGCUAUUCGAACUCGCCGGAAGGCAGCUGCCUGGUUCGGUGCUAUCUGAUUCGGGCAGGUUUGUACACUGACAGCCAUGGACCGGACAUUGCACGGUUCGCCGUCCAGUGCGAGGGCUACGACGAUGCCUAUGAGGCGUCCGUGGGCAAAUGUUACCAGGAGUUGAAGUUGAAGCAGCUGGAUAACUGCACUCUGGCCGCUCGCAUGUACGACGAGUGCAUUCAAUCGAACAAGCUUAGCAAUAGUAACAUUGAUAUAGUGAGUCUUAUACUGGGCCUUGUAACUGGUUUUAUUCCAGUGGGUAAAUGAGUGUUUCAAAACCAUAAAAUUUGUACACAUUCUAAAAAAUCUUCUCUAAACGGCAACAAUUUAUUUACCAUGAGCACUGUGGAGCACUCAGACAAUUACAUUUCUCUAAAAAAGCACUUAAUAAACAAUCACUAUUGCAUUUUAUUUGGCUCAAAUAAGACACGCUCGAUUCUAGCAAAACAUUUCAAAUUUGUAAGCCUUGAUUUAUUUUCCGAAAUAUGCCCGUACAACAACUUUUCAAUAAGAAUAAAGUUGGAUUUGGUUUGGAUUUGUACUCUAUCCACAAUACACAUUAACGUGUCCUGAAGCUUCAGAUCAAGUUGACCUUUAUGGUUUUCAACUUUAGACUCACCUGAUAAAAAAAAUCCAUCUACAUUUCAAAUCGAUCCAUUUCAUGCAUAAUUUAUGAUGGCAAACUGAUGUUACAAACUGUACCGCUUCUAACCUUUUCAACCAUUAUCCAUUAUGGAGCACCUUUUGAUUGCAGCAGCACUGUGGAUGGUAAAAAGGCAUCUGUUCCUCCCAUGUUUCAACUUACUCGUGGUCCAUUUUCACGUGGCGACCGUGAUGCUUUUGAUCUCUUUUGUGUCCCAUACCGACUAUCGGAAAAAUGUCAUAUACAUGCGAUACCCUUGUUGGCUCAAUA